AUGGAAGGGGAGGAGGCAAGGGUGACUGAUGUGAGCCUCAAAGAGCUCUCCAAGAAGCUUGAGGAGUUUGCCAGGGAAAGGGACUGGGAGCAGUACCACAGCCCGAGGAAUCUGCUGCUUGCCAUGGUUGGUGAAGUGGGGGAACUUGCAGAAAUAUUCAUGUGGAGGGGAGAAGUGGCAAAGGGGCUACCUAACUGGAAGGAUUCAGAGAAGGAGCAUGUAGGGGAGGAGCUUUCAGAUGUCCUGUUAUACCUAAUAAGACUCUCUGAUGUAUGUGGUAUUGACCUUGGAGAUGCAGCCACCAAGAAGAUAGUCAAGAAUGCAAUUAAGUACCCUCCAAAGGCUACAUGA